ACGUAUUUGUUGACAGGAACUGGGAGAUGAAGUCCUCCAGGCUGUUGAUAUCUCGCAUCCGGCUCUGGAAAAACAUCAGCGGCUCGCCGAGUAGUAGACUGGAUAAUUGGAAACGCCACAUUAACCAAGAGGUUGGUGGCGGAUGGCGGUUGACUGGCGAUAUCGGAUGGCGAUUGGGUAGCGGCAUUCUCCGUUCCUUCGGCGACGCUUGGAGCGAUCUGCGGAGACGCCGGUACCGGGUUGGACGCCCUCACUCCCUCAUCCGGACUCUCAUCGGACUUACUCGCAUCGACGACGUUAUCAAUCUUCGUAGAAGACAAUUGGGCUAAGUUUUGCGGGUCGAAACUGAUGGAGCAUAUGCUGCCUCCCUCUCUCUCUCGUGGGGUCUCCGCUGCAUCGUCCUGGGGCUGUUGAUUUGCCGGUGUCGUGGCUACAUAGUUUUGGGGAUGUUCGCUGAAGUAGGAAAUUUGCGAGUUAGCCGGCGACUGGUUCAUGGUGACGUUAUUAUGGAAAACUUCGAGUAAAUAGCCAAGUGUGUUGCCAAGUCUCAGGAAUAUUAAAAUGGAUUCAGUGAUAGU